AUGGACUUUUGCGAGAAGUGGAAGGAUUUACCUAAAAGUCCAAGUUUAAAGAAUCUGACACAGGAACGUUUUGGUGUUCUAAAGGAGUCUCAACAUGCGGCAGUUCAGGACCUGACCAGAGUACACAUCGAGUCUUUUGACCAGGCUGUUACUGAUGGACUCAGCCGAGUUGUACAGGCCAUCCCUCCCUUGGAGUUCACUGUAAAAAAUGACAAAAUCAGCCUUUCAUUUGUCGAAGCCAUGAUACACAACCCAGUGGUGACAAAAGGCAACAUCUGCAGGGAAAUGAAGGUGUUUCCAGCUGAGUGCAGAGGAAGGAGGUGCACUUACAAAGGGAAGAUAGUGGCCGAUGUUACCUGGUCAAUCAAUGGAGUUCCCAAAGGUACCAUCAAACAGUCCCUGGGUCAUGUGCCAAUAAUGGUCAAAUCCAAGCUCUGUAACAUCUAUGGUAUGUCUCCUAAGGAGCUGGUUGAACACCAUGAAGAAGCAGAGGAAAUGGGAGGUUACUUCAUUGUUAAUGGAAUUGAGAAGGUCAUUCGAAUGCUGAUCAUGCCCAGGAGAAACUAUCCUAUAGCUAUGUCGCGACCCAAGUGGAAGAGUCGGGGCCAAGGAUACACUCAGUAUGGUAUUUCUAUGCACUGUGUGAAAGAAGAGCACACAGCCAUCAACAUGAAUCUGCACUAUCUGGAAAACGGGACUGUGAUGCUGAACUUUAUUUACCAGAAAGAGCUCUUCUUUCUCCCACUAGGCUUUGCACUCAAGGCCUUAGUUGACUUCACAGAUUUUCAGAUCUACCAAGAGCUGAUAAAAGGCCGUGAGGACAAUUCCUUCUAUAAGAGCUGCGUGGCUGAGAUGCUGCGCAUUGUGAUGGAGGAGGGCUGCACCACCCGCUGCAAGGUGCUCAACUACCUCGGAGAGCGAUUCAGGGUUAAACUGAACUUGCCUGAGUGGUACACCAGUGAGCAGUGUGCUCACUUCCUGCUAGAUGAGUGCCUCUGUAUCCACCUGAAAUCUGAUGUGGAGAAGUUCUACCUGCUCUGUCUGAUGACAAGGAAGCUUUUCACCUUUGCCAAGCAGGAGUGCAUGGAGGAGAAUCCUGACAGCAUCAUGUGUCAGGAAGUGUUGACCCCUGGUCGGCUCUACCUCAUGUUCCUGAAGGAGAAAAUGACUUCCUGGUUGGUGUCGGUGAAACUAGCCUUUAACAAGAGAGCCAGCAGACUAAAUGGAGGAUGGACUCCUGAAAACAUGAUGAAACUGUUUAACCUGGGCACAGACGUGACCAGAUCUUUUGAAUACCUGCUGGCUACUGGAAACGUUACAUCCAAAACAGGUCUUGGCAUGCUGCAGAACACAGGCCUUUGUGUUGUCGCUGACAAGCUCAACUUCAUCCGCUACUUGUCCCACUUCCGCUGCAUUCACAGAGGAGCUGCCUUUGCUAAGAUGAGGACCACCUCUGUUCGAAAGCUGUUACCCGAGUCCUGGGGCUUCCUGUGCCCUGUCCACACCCCAGACGGCGAACCCUGUGGGCUUAUGAACCACAUGACAGCUAUCUGUGAGAUUGUAGCUCCGACACUGCCAACCACCUCACUCCCUGCUCUGCUCUGCUCCCUAGGUGUUGUUCCUGUGGAUGCAUCUCCUGGCCAGAACUUUGCAGACUGUUACCCUGUGAUCCUUGAUGGGACUGUGGUGGGCUGGCUGGAGUCUGAGUUAGCACCAGCCGUUGUAGAAUCACUGCGCACCUUUAAGGUGCUGAGAGAGAGGAAAAUCCCUCCUUGGACUGAAAUCGUUCUGGUUCCAAAAACAGGAAAGGCCAGCUUGUACCCUGGCCUGUUUCUCUUUACAACACCAUGUCGUUUGGUGAGGCCUGUUCGCAAUUUAGCUCUUGGGAAAGAAGAGUUGAUUGGUACCUUUGAACAGCUUUAUAUCAACGUGGGAAUACUGGAGGACGAAAUAGAGCCUGGAGUGACCACACACCAGGAACUGUUCCCUCACAGUAUGCUCAGUGUCGUGGCCAACUUUAUUCCCUACUCAGACCACAACCAGAGUCCCAGAAAUAUGUACCAGUGUCAGAUGGGUAAACAGACCAUGGGUUUCCCUCUGCACUCGUUCAUGGAUCGCUCAGACAACAAACUCUACAGACUGCAGACCCCACAAAGCCCGAUGGUCAGACCCUACAUGUACGACCAUUACAACCUGGACAAUUACCCCAGUGGCACCAACGCCAUCGUGGCUGUUAUAUCCUACACAGGCUAUGACAUGGAAGAUGCAAUGAUCGUGAACAAGUCAUCAUGGGAGAGAGGCUUCGCUCAUGGAAGUAUCUACAAGACCGAGCUGGUGGAUCUGACACAAAAAGUCACAGGAGACGAUGGAGUUGUGUUUGGGACCACGCCUGAUGAUCCCAAAGUGAAUGGAAAACUGGAUGCUGAUGGGCUGCCGUACAUUGGGUCAACACUUAAGUAUGGAGACCCUUUCUACUGCUCCAUCAACGUCAACACUGGUGACAGCCACAUCCACUACUACAAGAGUCAAGAGACAUGCGUGGUUGACAACAUAAAGAUCUGCAGCAACGACCAUGGCACAGGCCAUUUUAAACGAGUUUGCAUCACGGUACGAAUCCCCAGAAACCCCACCAUUGGUGACAAGUUUGCCAGUCGACACGGUCAGAAGGGCAUCCUGAGUCGGCUGUGGCCCACUGAGGACAUGCCCUUCACAGAGAGCGGCAUGACUCCCGACAUCCUGUUCAACCCCCACGGCUUCCCCUCUCGUAUGACCAUCGGGAUGCUCAUCGAGAGCAUGGCUGGCAAGUCUGGCGCGCUGCACGGCCUGAGCCACGACGCUACGCCUUUCACAUUCUCGGAGCAGAACUCUGCGCUGGAGUAUUUUGGUGAAAUGCUCCGCGCUGGUGGCUACAACUAUUACGGCACGGAACGGCUUUACAGUGGCCUGAGCGGACUGGAGCUUGAAGCCGACAUCUUCAUCGGGGUCGUCUACUACCAGCGUCUACGUCACAUGGUUUCAGACAAAUUUCAAGUGAGGACCACAGGAGCUCGUGACAAGGUGACAAACCAGCCCGUGGGAGGGAGGAACAUCCAGGGAGGCAUCCGCUUUGGUGAGAUGGAGCGAGACGCCCUGCUGGCACAUGGAUCGUCCUUCCUUCUCCACGAUCGCCUUUUCAACUGCUCAGACCGAUCGGUGGCUCAAGUGUGCAUGGACUGUGGCAGCCUCCUGUCCCCACUUUUGGAGAAACCACCCCCCUCCUGGUCGUCCAUGCGACACCGUAAAACUGUGUGCACCCUGUGUGGAAAAAGUGACUCAAUUGACUCUGUGUCUGUCCCUUACGUCUUCAGAUACUUUGUAGCCGAGCUUGCAGCAAUGAACAUCAAGGUCAAAUUAGAUGUUAAGUGAGAAGUAAAGGGAAAUCAGUGAACACAUGCCUCAAAUAUGACACACAGACGUGCAAUGAAACAGCUUUAUGAUUAUAAAAAUUAUGUUUUCUAUGUAGAAGUAUUCAGAUGCCCGAAAACAUGUAUUUUACAUGCAUGUAAAAUACAUGUUUAAUGGAGAAGGACUAUAAGAAAGUGAUUUUCGUUUCAGCCUUCAAUGGAAUGAAUGUUUUGACACCUUUUCUAAGGGUUGGUGUGUAACCACCCAGAUGUCUAUUCUACAGUCUCUGUGUGUGUUAAAUUAAUGUUUUGCUGUACGAUCACUUCUUCCCAGAUUCUCGGCGUGCCGGUUUAAAUAAAAGAAAAUUGCAAUUAUUGCCAAAAUUGAGAAAACCCCAUGUAAAAUAUUAACCCAAUAAAAGACUAAAUACA